GGAAAACAACAGAAUUUAAACACUGACAAAUGUAGAAGUCAAAAACCCAUCAUUACAUUUUUUUUAAUACAUCAGUUUUCUGAUGGUCACACGACUGCUCUACAACUGAUAGAAAAUAUGGGCUUUGACGUUGGCCAGCGAUAUAUUGAAAAGCUGACAAAAAAUAGCCCUCGGUUUCUUUCCGAGCUGGAGAUAGUGAAGUUCAUUUGCAAGGGAUUUUGGUCCAGUUUGUUUCGCAAAGACAUUAGCUCACUUAAAACAAAUAAUACAGAUGUAUAUGUGCUUACUGAUUCUGCGUUUCCUUUCCUCUGUCGAAUUGAACCAAGCCAACAGUACAACCCAAUAGUUGAAAUGAUUCUGGCGUUUCCUUGUGGUCUCUUAAGAGGUGCUCUUUCAAGUCUGGGAUUAUGUUGCAUAGUGAAUGCAGAUGUAAUAAAUCUGCCGUCAUGUCAAUUUACCGUUCGAGUGCUGCCCCGUUCUAAGUCGUCCGGUAUGUAG